CGACAGACGACACAAGAUACAAGUCCUCCCACACAUUAGAAGUUGACAAAAGAACAUAAAUGCCCAGUUCAGAGACUUGAAGACCAUGAUAUGAACCGUUUCAGGAGGAGAGUGAUUGCAAUGUAAAGGAAGAGCUGCGCGUUAAAGAAAGGCCCGGCUAACUUAAUCGAGGUCUCCCAUCUCAUUCUGUGAAGGCGCUCCUGGGCUCUGGUGAUGAAUGUGUUCAUUUUGUGUGACUUGCUUUGGGUAAAUAACCCAGUGCCCUAUCAGCUCUGCAGCCCUCAGGUGGUGUGUGUGCUGGGAGGAGUAGGGGAGGGGCUGCCUGGCGCUGGUGCCCCUGGCACUUCCUAGGAGACUCACAGCCCUUUCUUUGCAGCUGUCACUAGAAGACUUCUGGGUUUCCCUCUGGAAGAAAGCCUCCCAUCUAAGCCUGCUGCCCUUCCAUCCCUUAUUCGCUCUCUGCAAACCGCUCCUCCAAGCCUUUCCAUUGUGCUCUGCCUCCAGCAUAAGACCUUCACCUCCUUUGUAGUGGGGAGACUUACUUGAGGCUCUCUGAACCUCCGGCUGCAAUGGAGCUGUAUGGAAAGAUGGCCUCGGCACAAGAUGCCAGGUUUGGUCAGAAAGACUCUUCUGACCAGAACUUCGACUACAUGUUCAAGUUGCUGAUCAUUGGCAAUAGCAGCGUGGGCAAAACAUCCUUCCUGUUCCGCUAUGCUGAUGACUCCUUCACGUCCGCCUUUGUCAGCACGGUCGGCAUCGAUUUCAAAGUAAAAACUGUCUUCAAAAAUGAAAAGAGAAUCAAGCUUCAGAUUUGGGACACAGCAGGCCAGGAAAGAUACAGGACCAUCACCACAGCCUAUUAUCGAGGGGCCAUGGGCUUCAUUUUAAUGUAUGACAUCACAAAUGAAGAAUCCUUCAACGCUGUACAAGAUUGGUCAACUCAGAUCAAAACAUAUUCCUGGGAUAAUGCCCAGGUUAUCCUGGCCGGAAACAAAUGUGACAUGGAAGACGAACGGGUGGUCUCAACUGAGAGAGGGCAGCGCUUAGGAGAGCAGCUCGGGUUUGAGUUUUUUGAAACCAGCGCCAAGGAUAACAUCAACGUGAAGCAAACCUUUGAGCGCCUCGUAGAUAUCAUCUGUGACAAAAUGUCAGAGAGCUUGGAGACUGACCCAGCCAUCACAGCCGCCAAGCAGAGCACGAGGCUCAAGGAAACCCCUCCUCCACCACAGCCCAACUGUGGCUGCUAAUGUCCCCCCGCACAGGAGCUCCAAGGGGCUCCAGAGCAGCCAAGAAACAGCAUUUAUAAAUGGUCUAUUAGCCUUCAAUCAUACUGCCUAAUAAUUAUUUGAAGGAAGUCUUUGAUGUCAGUGGCCCAUAUAUGCAUUCAAACCAUGAGCAAUUUCCUGUGGUAAUAUGUGGCGAAUUUGCUCUUAUAUUUGUAAGGAUUAUUCAUCUAUAAACACCUGCUACUUGCAUGCGGUUUAUCAUUCAUGUGUCCUUCAUAACAUUUUGCAAUGUUUUUCUCAGUUAAGCUAUUGAAGAAACCCCAGACUAGAAUUUUACUGAGAAUAACUUUGGUGCCAUGGAUUCAAAUCACACUUCUCACUUGUAUGGAUGAUAACCUAGGGACCCUUUGUGUGUGCGUGUGCGUGCGUGUGUGUGUGUGUGUGUGUGUGUGUGUGUGUGUGUGUGUGUGUGUGUUGUGAGCAAUGGGAGAUUCAGGAAGCCUAGUUUAGUUUUUCCUUUGUCUAAAAAGUAAGUGGGACUUUUGCUCUUGAUUGGGGACCCCAUCACAGGUCCAGGCAGUCUACUAUUAGAAAAAGCGAUAUAUAUAUAUAUAUAUAUAUAUAUAUAUACACAUAUAUAUAUAUAUAUAUAUAUCGCAUUUUCACUAAUAAUAUCUGAAGGGUGUGUUAACGUUUAAAACAUUGAGAGGUUGGGUGCAGGGUCAGUUAGGAAGCUGAGGCAGAAGGAUAAUCAGUCAAAGCAUCCCAAGCUACAAAUCAUAAAACUCUAUCAUGGGAUAAAGAAAAGGGAAUUCAGGCCCUUGCAAACUGAACCACAUAAACACUAAUCAAGGUUUGCAUACCCUACUGCAGUGAUCCUUGCCAGUGAUUCUGCACAUCUCUGCAUGUGUAAGAGCGACUUAGUCAGGUACCUACUUAGUGUCAGCUGCACAAGAAGCACUGCGACCAAAAGUGCUGUGAGUUGCUGUGGAAUUCCAUGACCUGAGCAGCCUCCAUCCCUUAACCACUUAUCCCACACCACAGAACAUGACCCUGGCUCUCUGGAACCAGCACCAAUUCUGGACUAGAAAUUGGCUUGAAGCUUUGUUCGUGCUUCUCUUCCCAUAGGCCAACAUCUCAACCACUGCUCUCUGCUCCAACUUCAGCUAAGCUUUCCUACCUGUUUAGGAGGCAACUAGGUAACUUUUCCAUUAGCCCUGCAUUGAGGAAAAGACCAUCUUUAUAACCAUAUUUUUCAGAGGAUUUAUAAUUCUAAAAUAUGCCCUCCUAACAUACGUCUAAAUAUGCUCAAGUGAAACAGAAGAUCAUGGCACCGAGCCGCCCUGAAGACUGAAGAAUCCUGGCAGUCCAAGAGAAGGGUGAGAGCCUUGAAUAUCCAGUCUUUUCUUCUAGGUUUCCUGAAGACCAUAUAGAAAUAAUAUGCAAAAUCCUGGUGGAGGUGAUGCCUACUUUUAGUCCCAGCAUUCUGGAGGCAGAGGUAGGCAGAUCUCUGAGUUUCUGACCAGAAUGUUCUACACAGUGAGUUCUAGGAUAGUGAAGGCUACACAGAGAAACCUGCUCUAGGAAAAGAGGAGGAGGAGGAGGAGGAGGAGGAGGAGGAGGAGGAGGAGGAGGAGGAGGAGGAGGAGGAGGAAUUAAUACAGAACAACUCUUAACAUCUGUCCCAAUGCCAAGAGAAGUCUCCCAGAAGUCUUUGUGACAAGGAUCUUAUGAAGGCACCAGUUUGAAGGACAGUAAAGUUUUGUUGGUAGACUUUUUCCAUUUUGGUGGUUGUGUAAAAGAUUCACCCUUCCCUUCAAAACUAGAGAAAUAUCACCUGAAAGUAUUUAGCACAAGCUUGUUGGGCAGGGCUAUUGACAGGAUAGUAUGUGCGUGUUUUCUUCUCGCGUGCUUAGUUUCAAACUUAUAAAUUAGUGGUAAGUUUCCACUCUGACACCCAGAGGAGCAAGUAUUGGUUCACCAAAGAUUAGAAGACACUGAUGACUUUUUAAAGUUUAAUGACACCUAAAUUCAAGAAUCAUAGAAAUUAACAGGAAAGGAAAGAGAGAAGCAAGGAACAUAAAGUAGGAUUUCUUUGCAAUAGUAUUCAUGUGAUGUCAUCCUAUUUCUAUGACCUGGGCCAUGAUGUGGCCAUAUUAAAUACUAUAGCUGUCAAUUCUGCUGCAGAACAUUCUAAAACAAGACAAUGGAGUCAGGAAGCCUGGGCCUCAUUCCUUGCAUGCUUGCAAUGAGUGUGAAAGGCCUCACUCGGAUACUUUGAAUGACUUCUUCAAAAAGAUGUUGAUAUGCGUAUGUUAUAAAAUGAGAGCAGGUAAGAGAGAAAGGGAAACAAUCAUCUUUGCUCAUUUGAAAAUUCCCCCGAAGAACUGGUUGCAUUUGAUUGACCGAAGCCAAGUACCCACAUGUAUAUGCUCUAUUGAGAACUCCAAAGUUAAGACCAUGAUGUGCUAGUCAGUGGACAGAGAGUAGCCCUAAUGUCCUUGCCCAAAAAACAUUCCAUACUUCCUAUUCUCCAAACCCCAUGGAAACAAUUGAAAGUUAUAAAAUGUUAUAAAACCCCAAUGUCUCAAUUGAAAGUUAUAAAAUUCCCAACCUGCUAUAUAUUUCAUUCCAAAUAAUUCAGUGAACAUUUCCAGAGAGAUACAUCGCUCCCAAAAGAGAGAAGAGUUGCUGUUCCUAAUAUCAUCAAGAUGCCUUGGUUGUAAAAUCAAAUUUGGCAAAUAGGAACCAGAUAAUAGAACAUCUAUAAGUGUUGAUGUAUAUAGUUUAUAAAUUCUAACACUGUAAUGCUGAGAUUUGUCAACCUUUGCUCAUUACAUGACAUAUGUACAAAUACAUACUACCCAUCCUGUCAUCAACAUAAGUAUGAAUAUGUCCUGCCGACCUGGCUAAAUUCGUAUCUAAAAAGAUGUUCAAAAACUACUUAUUUGUCUUUCCAGGUCUUGUCUCUGAUGCAAUUUAGUAUUUUAAGUGUGCCCUUGCCUUGCACUGUGGUCAUCUGGGUACCCCUGUCCAUCCAUUGCUUUAAGAACUGAACCCUAACUGCUUCAGAGAGCAUUCCCAAGAACUCUGGUGUUGCUUCACCUCUUUCCUUUCUUAAUGCAAGUGGAAGGGGUUUUGUCUGCAUAACCAUCUUGCAGUAUGAAUGGAUAUGGGAGGUUCCCAAGGUGUCCUUGGGUUCCAAGAUGGCAAGUUAACCAUAAGCAUCACAUCUAUGGGCUCGAAGGAAGAAUUGCUUUAAAGCAAUGGCUUAGCUCCCUGUUGUUAACCCCACCCAACAGCACCUACUGCCAUCAGGAGCUUCAGUGACUACAAGGAGAUUUAUGAAGUUCCUCCCUGGGGCCAUCGGGUAUUGCUUGCUGCCAGGUAAAUAAGGGCAGAAGACUGUGCUGGAGAAGGACAUAUAAUGGUGCUUCAGUGGUCAUAAAUGUGGAAUAUAAAUUCUACAAAAUUGCGACUGAAGACACCAAUGUGCUCAAUUAAAACUGGAUUUAUUUUACUUACUUCACCCCUAUCCAAAUUCAUUUACUCAGCACAUUUAUCCUUUCAUUCAGGAGCCAAUUUAAGCCUCUAAUUUUAAUUACAUCUGUGACAACAAUAAUCUUAUAGUAAAAUGCAUUCCCCUAUUAACUUCCACCAAGCGACGUUAACGUCAGAGUGUUGACGUUCACAGUGCUUUAUCCACUGUGAACUUUAGUACAUGGCUAAGUAUGCUCUUUAGUGCUUUAUUUUGUUUUGUGGCUGUUGCUGUUAUUGUGUGGCACUUGGAGUGUAUUAAAACUGUAUCCAAACUCUAUCGAGCUUCACCAAGCCAAGAUCGAUGCUACAUGUGAAAAACAGGGACAUGAGUGAUCUUAAAAGUGUGACCUGACCGAAACUAUUCUAGACUGCAAAGUUAAUGUUUUCUGCUAGUCUUCUUUGUAAUUUGGGAAUGUUCAGUCAUUUUGCUUGCAGGCUAGCCCAUCUGUCUGGGAAACUGUCUUUGUCUAGAUUUUAGUCUUCUUGACAGAAUCUAGUAACCUCCUAUGUGUGCACUCUCAGUGUGCUAUGUGAGGCUACCCAGAAGGCCUUUUUGCUCACUCUGAAUGGUGCAGCGUCCACAGUUCUGCCAGUCAGUGGAUGUUACCUGUACUUGAGCUGUCUGCAGGGGAAUGGAGACUCUCCUUUGGAAUGCUAAACCACUGAAUAUUCAAAUAAGCUUUGAAGUCCUUUAUAUUUUAUGUGAUUUUUUUUCUAGAAAUCAAAUCAGACAUAAGCCUGUAUUACACCCUGGAAUUUAAUUAGGACACUACAGUUUACUGACAUAUUUACAGUUGAGACACACUCAUGUGCCUGUCCCUACCCCAACACACACUUGCUAAAACACCCUUUUCGGUAAAGAGAAAAAUCCCCAUUGUUGGUACUUUCUUUGUGCAAAGAAAAGGGGCCAUUUUGCUAUGCGCCAUUUGUAAUCACAUCUUACUUAAAAUUUCAAUGCAAUAGACUCUUCAUGUGGAGAGAAAGUGCAUCCUGCAAACAUUGAAGGUAACAGAAAUGAGUCAUCUCACAACCGCAUCUGGAGCAGGAGUAUUAAGUAUCCUGUAGCUAAGGACGAAUUAGGCUUUAUCUUUCGGUGGCCCUUUCAUACUGCCAGAAUUUUAAAAAUCGUUAAGGACAUUCUAAAAGUACUAUCCCCACAAAAUGACAUCACCUCACCUUUCAGUUCCCCUCAGCAACUGUGAGACCUGGGCUUUCCAUCAGUCACUUCUUGCUGAAAUGAGGCUGGGGACUACCUGUCUAUUUCAUUCGCCCGUGUUCGUUUUUGCUUCAUUGUGGACAACUGAGAGUUGCUGUGGCCUUUCGUGUGUAGUGGAAAUAUCAGCAUGUUCCUGUCAUGUGUGGUUCAGAAUUGCUUAGGUUCAUGAGUGCUGAGCUCAUAGACACAUGAGCUGCAUGCCUCCCUGGCCUGUCAGGGAUGUGAGCAUGACCCGUGUCUUACUAGUGAAUCCAUACUCCUUGUCAAAGUGAAGUCUAGGGGUUGUCUACUAUGUCAAUAUGAUGACUUCCAUGUCAUUUUCAUCCCCCCUAGAAAGCAUGAUGAAUGGGAACCGUCCUGUAAUUCCUGUUAAUAUAUUGUUAAUGUCAGAUGUGACGUGAUGCCAGUGGACUGUCCCAAUGUACAACUACUUAAUGGUGUUCGUAGAACCGAAAUGUCGUAAAUGUUGCAUGAAAUAUGUUCUAAAAAUAGAUUUGUUUUCUAUUUUUCAACACCUCAGAAUUGAGGGUUCAUGGGCCAAUAAGUGCAAUAUUUAAUGACUUACUCAGUGUAUAUAAACUAGUGUGAGAGUGACUUAUGAGGAAUGCGUGAGAUGCUUUGAUAGCCGUGUGCUUAUUCAAAUGAUUUCUUGUAGCAGUGUUUGUCUAGUAGUGCAAUUUAUACAGUCAACAUUUUACUGGCAUCAUGGGAAACUCCUCUGUGCCUACUUAAAAGUACCUUUUUCUCCCAUUUAUAAGUCAAAUAUUUAAUAUCUGAAAACACAUGUCUGAUUUGUGAUUUUAGAAUUGUGGGUUUUGUUUCUGAGAAAGAAUGACUGUGAGUUUGUUUUAUUAAAGUAUUCACCUCUAUAGUUCAGAAUUUUCCCUAAUAAUCCUACAAGAGUGUAUUAAGCAGCUACUUUAGAUACCUAAGAAUAAUAUGCAUAUCCAGAAGUCACCUUUUCUCCUCAGAAAGGUUGAUCACAUGUUCUGUUUGGAAACUCUCCACUCUUGUAUUGUAUGUAUAUCUUAUCGAUACUUAAUUUUGUUCUUUGUUUGCAAGCUCAGCAAAGUCAGCCUUGGGAUCUAGUAGCAUUAUCUGUGUCUUUUUAGUUUGUAGAUAACGUUUAUAUCCACUUUCAACUCUCAGUUGUCCACUCUGCUGUUAGAAAAGAGAGAAAAGCCAGUAAAGAUACUCGAUCCAUUUUGAAAUGCUAAUACAGACACACAAAUCUCUGAACCACACUUCCUGUCCUGAAACUUCACAAAGCUGUACCCAGGCUAGUCAUUGGGCUCUCAAAAGUUCAACGUAUUUCUGGAUAUGAAAGUUAAGCUGAAUCACCAACUCAAUCUCUUAUUUGCUGUGUCAAUUAUUAAGGUAAUGCCUCAUUUUCAUAUUGUCCUCCUCAUCCUUUUCAUGUACUUAGCAAGCCAUUAUCCCUUUAGGAGGUAGGUGUUACUGAAAAAUGGAAUGCAGUGGGUUCUAGGUGCCAUUCUAUCCAUACACAGUAAAUAUCUGUUUUCUCUACAGCACUGGACAAGAAGCUGACAUAUGAAAAAGGCCAGUCAUAUUAAGUGACAUUGGGUUGUGUGGGCAAUAUGUGACCCAAAUGUAACCAUGCCAGUCUGGAAAUUGUACACAAGUCUCGAAAUCCACUGAAGAAGUAGGGUGAAAAUGGUAGCUGAAAGACAGAGGUAGCAAAGACUUAGUGCCAAAUUAAAAGGGAAAUAAAAGCGGAAACAGGUAGCUGACCACAGAAUAAUAAUUUAAGAGUAUAGUUAACCCCAGCUCCGAAAAAAAAAAAAAAAAAAAGAACCAAGAGUAUAGUUAAAUGUUCCAUUUGUUAUUAGGCAGUUGCUGAUCACCAUGUGCUCUGCUCUGUGCCGAACACAGAAGGACUAUGGCAAAAGGAGAUGGUAUGAUCUAAGUGAUAGAUUAUGGCAGACACCGGAGCAAAAAGAAUGAGACUUAUAAGAACUAGAAGAGUCAAGGUUGGCUCCUAUGUAGGGGUCAGACAUGAUUCCGGGAAGAAUUGAGUAGUGAGAAGACUGAGCCAAACACACAAAUACAAAAGGCCCCAGGGUGUUCUCUGUGAAUGGAAGGAAGAGCAAGAGAAUUAGCAACCAUGGAGACUGAAACCCACAAAUUGCCUAACUUGGCUCUCUGCAUUCCGAUCUACACGGAGAAGGCAAGUGUAUUCCCCUGACCCGAGCAGCCUCAGCUCAGCCACAAAACACGAAUUGCUUUCAAGCAGCUAGUUUAGACAUUUGCCAAUGACCCAAACCCAAGACAUUGCCUAAUCCAACAUCACCAGGCAAACCUCUACUCAGAUUUUUCUGUAGCUCUGGGUUUUGUUUAAGGGCAUCGGACAAUGCGCAGAGAAAGAUUCUACAUUGUGCCAGGGUUCUUUGGGCUCCUUCUUGGUGAUGGCACUGUGGAACUCCUCUUGAGACAAUAUUUAAUGCUUUCUUAUUGUGACUGUGAUGUUUAGUUGAAAACUACUGCUGCAUAGCAAGUACUGUGACUCUUCCUGUGUCCACAGAAGCUCUUGUCUGAGUUUAAAGCUAUAAAGCGUAUUCACAUUGUGAAAUUAUUAUUAUUAUUAUUAUUAUUACUGAAAUUAAUUGUGUACAAAUGGUAUGUGCUCUGUUAGGUAAUUAGUUUGUGUGUGAAUUAUGUAUGAAAAGUGGUUUUGUUCUCUGAGUUUAUCUUGUUUUAUUUUUUGAAGAUUACAAUAAAUAUCUAAGAGACUAUAUUCCUGAAA